AUGCGAUUCACUCCCUUUCGGUCUCUAAGCGUCUCCUCGCUAAAAUUCUUUCGUUUGGCGAGACUUCGCAUAUUCAUGAACACCGACAAGGGCAGGAGCUCGCUCCGCAGCCGCGCCAAGGGCCUCUUCUCGCGUGGCCGCGACCUGGCCAAGGGUCUGUACGAAAAUGCCACCUCUUCCCAGGCAGCCGACGGCAGCCACGAAUACGACCCCGGCGCCUUUGGAGAGGUGCGCGAGCUGUGGGUCCAGCGGCACAUGGCGCUGCGGCGCGACGACUACACGACCCGCCGGCCGCUCACGUUUGGCGUCUCCACCUGGAACGUCGGCGGCAAGCGCCCGCCUCCCGCCACUUCGUCGGGCCUGGUGCCCGAGACGCUCGACCCGUGCUGGCUGCUCCGCGGCGGCGCGGCGGAGCGGCAGUGCGAUGUGCAUGUGGUGGGGCUGCAGGAGGUGGUCGACCUCUCGGCCGGCAACGUCGUCCGCCUCGAGGCUGGCUCGGGCGGCGCGCUCUCCUCUGCCGCGGCGGCGUGGGAGGCGCACGUGACUGCGGCGUUCGGCGCAGACGAGUACGUGCGGCUCGUGGCGCGGCAGCUGGUGGGGAUGCUGCUGCUGGUGUACGUGCGCGCCGACCUGGCGCCCUUUGUCGGCCGCGUCGCCUCGGACGCCGUCGGCACCGGUGCGCUGGGCCUGCUCGGCAACAAGGGCGCGGUCGGCGCCUCGCUCACGCUGCACGCGUCCAGCUUUGCAAUCGUCAACUGCCAUCUGGCGGCGGGCCACUCGCCGGGGGCGGCGGAGGGGCGGAACGGCGAGGAUGGUUGGCGGGCGGUAGGCGGGCUGUCGCUCGAGGACCACGACUACGUCAUCUGGCUCGGCGACCUCAACUACCGCCUCGAGGCGGGCCGCGUCGGCGAACUGCUCGCCGCCGACCAGCUCCGGUCCGCCAUCGGCUCCGGCGCCGCCUUCCAAGGGUACCGCGAGGGCGCCGUCUCCUUUUUGCCGACGUACAAGUACGACCCCGGCUCGGACGAGUACGACUCGUCCGAGAAGCGGCGCGCGCCCGCCUGGUGCGACCGCAUACUGUGGAGGGAGUGCGCGGACGCGGGCGCGGGCGGGCCCUCCUCGCGCGCCUGCCCCGCGGAGCCGUCGUGCUGCCUCGAGUACGGCCGGCACGAGCUGCGCCUCUCGGACCAUCGCCCCGUGUCGGCCGCGCUCGCCCUGCCGGUGGCCGUGGCGGACGAGGAGCGGCGGCUGGCGGUGCACGGCGAGGCGGCGCCCCCGCGCUGGCUCUCGGUGUCGCCCGCGGCGGGGCUGCUCUUGCCCGGCGAGAAGGUCAGCCUCACCGUCACGCUGCUCGUGCGCGCCUCCGAGGCCGCACCCUUCAACGCCGGCGAGCCGCUCGAGACGUUCGCGCUGCUCCGGCUCAAGAACGGGCGCGACCUCGUCCUCCCCGUCCCGCGCGACAUCGUCCUCUCUGUCUCGGCGCAGUGGCAGCCAACUUGCAUCGGCUUCUUGCUCCUCGUCUCGACGCUCGACGCUGUGCUGAGCCACGCGCACAACGUGGCGGAGGCGGCGCUCGACGCUGCGGCGCACGGCGGCGCAGGCGCCUGCCACGGGGCGGCGGAGCUGGCUCGCACGAGCGCCGUCGAGAUCGAGACGUGGUUCCGCCACCCGCUUGGCUGGAGCGCCGACGAGAGCGCCGUCCUCCGCGCCGCCGACGAGGGGACGCCCAUGCCACCCGUGCCGACCUCAGCUGUCGCCGCCGUGCUGCUGCGCUGGGUGCGAUGCCUCGCCGAGCCGCUCGUUCCUCAGCCGCUGCACGCCGCCGCCGAGCAAGCCGCCUCCCACGCGCCCGCCGCCGUCGCCCUCGUGGCGCGCCUCCCCCCGGCGCACCUCGCCGUCUUCCGCGCACUCACGCUCUUCCUCCGCCGCGUCCUCGUCGGGUACGCGGGAGCGAGGGUCGCCGCCGCCUUCGGCGAGGCGGUGCUCGCCACACGAGGGGGGGCGGCCUCCGCCAAAAAGGCGGCGGGCGCGGCGCGCUGGAAGGCCGCCUGGUCUGUUUGA